GGUGGAUAUCUCUUGUUGGUUGGCGAAACUUACCACUGCAAUCUUUUUUUGGGAGCACAACUAGAAGGCAACCUCUCGGCGCCAUGGGGCAAUCCUCCGCAAUGGGGCAGCAUUGCAACUGUGCGCCCAGCCUCUCCGUGCUGCAUGUGAAAGGUCCCUGCUCUUCAGGAGCAUCGCCUUGCGGAAGCCCCUGCCGCGCCGCCGUUUCUGUCGCCGAAGCCGCCGUUUCUGUCGCACAGCAAAGGAUCCAGGUGCCCAGUGACUUUGCGGUUGACGUUGUUUCCCUUCAGGCCUUUGUUGAGCAACUGCUCCGUGGUCUACGCUUGACCCUGAACAUGGACGGGGUUGGUUUGGACGUCCAUGCCAAGUUGGAUCAAAAAUGUACUUGUUUGGAGUUGACGUUCAGCAAUGUUCUCAAACGCAUCUCGCUGAAGUCGAUCCGCUCCGUCCUUCCCGCCGUCUCCACGGACGCGGUGCGCUCCCUGGAAGAUCUGGAGCGACCGCCUUGCAAGGCGGCGUGGGCAACGAAGAUCCAACUGGAGGAUGAUCGCGUUUGCGAGUUCAUCUUCGACGUGCAGCGGGAGGCGGAAUACUUUGGCUGCAGCCUCAAGGCCAUGUGCCAAGACGCGCGGCUCCAAACGGCGCGGCCCUUCGACGACGCGGAUCUAGCAGCGGGAUUACCUACAGCGAGGAGUUUGGCUCCGGAGGACCAACUCAUGGAUCCUGAAGCCUUCAUGGAUGCGCUUUAUCAGGCCUUGAAAGAAAACGCCGAUUCGCUAGCGACCGAAGGGUCCGAGCUACCGACCGAAGGGCUCCAUGCCUUGUGAGUGUCCAAAAA